CAGUGCGGUCGACUGUAGCCUACAUAACUGAGUCAUCGGGGAAUAUCAUGUGGACGAGGAACACACCGGCAAAUGUUACUCAAAUUGACCAAACACAUGAAUGAAACAUCACAGCUUCACUGAAGCCACCAAGGGGGAAAUAAAGAAAAGCAUACGAAGUGCCAAGUUACUGGAGUUGUUUUCACUGUAUGUCUAUUGAUUGGAAGACACCAGAGCAUUAAGAGAGACUGAGGAUAUUAUAUUAUACUGCCUGCCAAUUCCUGUCACACAAACUGUAACACAGCGUUUGGAGCGAGAUAAAUACGUUGUAGACUACUGUGGUAUUGAGGAUGGCUUUUGUAGACAAUCCAAUCUCCAGGUCUAGACGUGAUUGAAGAUACUUACAUUAUAAGGGAAAUAUUAUUGAAAAUCUGCUUAGUUUGACAGUUAUUAUAUUCAUUGCAUCACAGGACUCGAGGACAAAUAAGAUUUUCAAUUCUUGAAUACUCAUCUGGACUUUUUCAGCCAAGGGCCAGUUUGAAGAUUAUUCCUCUCCAGCGAGCAUAAUCAGGAGACUUGUGUACAUACGUCCAUUUAAUUGGUGAAGAUAUCUGAAACUUUUCACACACACAAUGAAUAGCAAAGUGAAGCACGCUAUACUGGUUGUUAUAUUUACCAUCCAUUUUUUAGUCAGUCAAAUGCUUGCAGGGGGCAUUCGUGUCUUCCCUCCCCCGGGAGCUGGGAUUGACCCUGUAGCAAAAUAUGGAUAUACAAUGACAGUUAUAUUGUACACGAUUAGGAUCUUAGUGCUGGGUACUGUUCCACUUAGCAUUUGUAAUUUUUUGGGACUGUUAUUUUGGAACGCUUUCCCAGACAAGCCAACAUUGAAGAGCUCACCAAUGCUCGCACCUUUUGUGUGCUUUCGCGUGGUGACGAGGGGAUUGUUUCCAGACCUGGUAAAGAAAAAUGUUGAGAGGAACCAUAAAAUUUGCAGUGAAGUUGGUCUUGAGAAUUACAUAUUUGAAGUUGUCACAGAUCGACAAAUUGAUAUCCCGAAGCAGAAUCAUGUUCGUGAAAUUCUUGUUCCUAUGACUUAUAAAACCAAAAAAGGGUCAAUGUAUAAAGCACGGGCCUUACAGUAUUGUCUGGAAGACGGAGUGAACUAUAUAAGUGACGAAGACUGGAUAGUACACUUGGACGAGGAAACUUUGUUGACCAGAGACUCCGUCAUUGGAAUCCUUAACUUUGUCAACGAGGGCACCCAUCAGUUUGGUCAAGGAGUUAUUACGUAUGCGAAUGAGGAUAUAGUUGCUUGGAUACCCACCUUGGGAGAUUUGGUUCGAGUUGGAAUAGACUAUGGACAAAAUCGUUUCAUGUUUAAUUAUUUUCACAGGCCAUAUGUAGGCCUGAAAGGUUCAUAUGUUGUGGUCAAUGCGGGAGUGGAACGGAAAAUUACCUUUGACUUUGGCCCAGAGGGCAGCAUAGCAGAGGACUGCUUCUUUGCCAUGAAGGGGAUAGAGGACGGCUACUCCUUCGGUUGGAUAGAUGGAGACAUGUGGGAAAAAUCACCUUUCAGUUUCUAUGACUGGCUAAAGCAGCGUUCUCGAUGGGUGCAGGGAAUUGUCAGAGUUUUUGUCAGUGGUCAGAUUCCCAGGAGACAAAAGUGGGGACUACUUUUCAUCAUUGUGGGAUGGGCCCUUUUUCCUCUUUCAACUGUGAACGGAAUCUUCACCGCACUAACUCCUAUCCCUACGCCCCAGUGGCUUGAUUUUUUAUUGGGGUUGAAUUCAGUGUAUAUCUUUUUAUAUAUAUUUGGUAGUCUAAAAUCAUUUAGCUAUGCCAGACUGGGAUAUUUCCGCUAUAUUUGCCUUCUACUGUCACCUUUGUUGUUAAUACCUUUUUUUGUUAUAAUUGAAAAUAUAGCAGUCAUAAUGGCUGCAGUCACAAAUCAAGGGAGUUUUCAUAUAGUUGAAAAAGAUGUGUCAAAAAGUAUGAAAAAGCCUGAAAAUGUAAAAAUAUCAAACAAUGUAAAUGUUGUGUAGUGGAUGAAAUGUCUUAUCUUUAAAUUCAAGAAUAUGUUUCGAUAUUUUGUUUUGGUCUAUGUUAACUGUGCAUGCAUUUUUUAUGUCCCUGGUGUGUGAGGAAAUGACUUGUGCAUGUGAUAUUUUUUAUUUUAUCCCAACCCCUCUCAUUGUAAGAGUUGAUGAGAGAUGUUAGCGAAAGGUAAUGCUGAAAAGGUCUGUUCAUUUGUUUGUGGAUACACAAUAGGACUUCAAGAUUUACCUGACAAAAUGUUCUGUGUUACCAUGGAACCUGCAUGUUAUCUCUGUUUUGCAGGUUCUCCUGCUACGCUACAAGGGCUAAUUUUUCUGCUGGUGUUGAAGCCAUGGCUCCCAUUCAAACGUAAAAAUUUUUUUUGGAAAGAUGUACAGCCUAGUGUAAAGACUCCAUUGAUUUGAUGGCAAUAUAUUGUCUCUCAAGCGAAUUCCCAGGAGGGGGCUUGUAAGGGCACAUGCAGAACCUGUUGAUCCUCAGACUAACUAGUCCAUGAUCAAAUGUGAGGCCCACUUGACAGUGGAUUCUGCCUUCUAUGAGUGCUGUUCAAGCAGGGGCAGAGCAUUUAAAACUUGGCACACUUUCAAGUGCGUCGUGCCAUAUAUGAUCCGGUGACUAGUUAGUCUGUGGAUCAACUGAUUGUGAACACAGCCUUAGUUUGCACAGUGUUAACAUAGCUUUUUAGUGGGGUCGGCCAUAUUUGGUCAGUGGAUCAGUUAGUCUGCGAUCAUCUGUUCUGAACGCACUCUUAGAAUGGUUCAAGUUAAAAUAAGGCUGAAGGCAGAUUUAAAUAUUCUGGUUAUUUUAGUCUUUGUAUCAGUUUGCAUCAAACAUUUGUAAUGAACAAAAAGCAUGCGUGCCACAGUUUUAAUUGUGUUCUUAUAAGAUUUGAUAGCCCAGCAGGUCAGUUUUUGAGAGAUUUGUGAUUGUGACCAUCUCAGAAACCUUUGAUUUCAUGUGUCUGCAAGUGCUGAUAAAGUGUGAUGACUCGUUUUUUGGCUUUCUUUUCAGAAUGCUCAGAAUAAUUAAAUUAAUGUUUAUAUUUAAAUAAUAAAAAGUACUAGUUAGGGUUUUGUGGAUCAGGGAUGUUAUAGUUACCAAGUUCUAAAAACGAAAAAUAUUUAAAUUUCAAAGUUCUUAUUUGGGUGUUAGAAAGAAUAUAUGUAAGAUUUAUAGAAAUACUAACACAUAACCCUAAGAAAAAUGUUUUCUCAACAAAAUUUUGGUUAUAGUACAAGUAUUUACCAUUUUGUCAUCAGUAUUAUCAAUAAGCAGAUAAAGGCUGGCGUUUUUCUAGUUUGUCUAAAUAAUGCAAGACAAAUAACCAAGGUAACUGAAUGCCAUUAUUGUUUUAGUUACACUUUGUAAACACCAUCUACAUAAAGUGUGAACAGUUUUAAAACAACUUAUGGGACAUUUGGGUCCAGGAUAUUACCAAAAAAUAAUAAUCUUAAUGUUUUUACCAAGUGGCCAAAAAUAUGCUCAAAUUUACCUUGCACUGGGGUAAUUUUUUUAAUUAAUUAAUUAAUUAAUUAACUAAUUUUUUAUUUAUUUUAAAUCUUAACAUCAACAGUAAAUACAUAGAUCUAGACCAGCAGUGGUCCAUGCUGUUGCUGUAGUUUACUUCCAUUUGGGAGCAAUGUGAUAAGCGAACAAAACAAUUCUCAUGUUAUAAUGAAAUGUACAGGUCACAACCAAAGGAAUUUGUCUCUUGAAUGAGAAUGUUUUUCAAUAGUGUACAUUUUACAUGUAGUGGUUAAUUGUACAGUCCUGUUCGAUUUAUGUACUACUGUGAGUGUUGAAUACUGGGGAUCAUUGCGUGUGACUGCGUGGAUGUGGUUUAGAAACAACAAAGAGAUUACCUCAGACUUCUGUUGCUAUCAUAGGCAUUUUUUUUGUUCAUAACUAUAAUAUUAUUAGACAAACCAUUGGGUAUGUAUAAAAUUUAUUAUACAAUUUUGUUUUGUAUUCAAGAAGUUGAA